ACGAACGCGUCCUACCUAAUCGGAACCGGUAUUUACGAUGUGACUGCGGCGUGUGCCGAAAUUAAUUUCAUGGGCUACGCUCGUGCAAAUCAGAACGGCCACGGUAUUCAUCAAAGGCUGCGUGCACGGGCCUUUGUGAUGUCCGAACCGUACGCCAGAACAGUAUGCUUUGUGAGCGUAGAUAUUGGCAUGGGCUCGGAUUUGCUCACACAGCGAGUUAUAGCACGGCUCGAAGAGCUAUUGCCAAUACAGGAUGGCUUUGACAAGCGUCUUUGUCAUCUCGACAAUCUGAGUAUAAGUGGUACGCAUACCCACUCGGCACCAGGGGGUUUCCUUCAGUAUGCACUGUAUCAGAUAACUAGUCUAGGAUUUUUCGAAGAGGUAUUGGAAGUUUAUGUUGAAGGCGUUGCGCAGGCCAUUCGACGUGCCUACGACAACUUGCAAGUGGGCUCAAUAGCGGUUGCUCAGGAGCGUCUACAAGGAGCCAGUAUCAACCGGUCGCCAUCCAGCUAUCUCCUGAAUCCGGUUGAGGAGCGCGAUCUGUACGUCGAGGAUGGAGACACCGACAAACGUAUGCUGCAACUCAACUUUCUCAACGCAAAUGAAAAACCUAUCGGGGCACUUAACUGGUUUGCGGUACAUGGAACUAGUAUGAAUUCAAGCAACCGACUAAUUACUGGGGAUAAUAAAGGCUAUGCUUCGUACUUGAUGGAGAAGCACUUCAACGAAAACGGAACGUUACCGGGAAAGGGACAAUUUGUUGCCGCGUUUGCUUCGACAAACCUUGGCGAUGUCUCUCCGAACACGGCUGGCCCGAGAUGCAUUGACACUGGCCUUCCAUGUGACUAUUAUACUUCUACGUGUAACGGCAGAACCGAGCUUUGUAUUGCUUUUGGCCCUGGCAAGAACAUGAUUGAAUCGAUGGAAAUAAUCGGACGCAAGCAAUACGUUCUUGCUUCUGCGUUACUUGGUACCUCGAACGUUAAAAAGCUGAAGGGACGUGUUGCCUCUCGGCAUUCGUUUAUCAACAUGGCCAAUCUGACCGUCAGAAUGAACAACACAACCUUUGCUCGGACGUGCCCCGCUGCCUUGGGCUAUUCCUUCGCCGCGGGGACGACUGACGGCCCGGGCGAUUUCGACUUUACCCAAGGAACCAACACGUCGAACUGCAUAUGGGACAUCAUCGGCGGGUUCCUAUCCACGCCAUCCACCGAGCAAAUACAAUGUCACGCUCCAAAGCCAAUCUUGUUGAACACUGGGGAGGCGUCGCUUCCUUACGCCUGGGACCCCAAUAUUGUACCGAUUUCUGUCUUUCGGAUAGGAAGCCUUUUCAUUCUCAAUGUUCCAGGUGAACUUACUACCAUGGCUGGUCGCCGGCUGCGUAAAGCCGUUUACGAAGUAGUCAGGUCAAAUGGCGUUGCGGAUCCGAUAAUCGCCAUUGCGGGGCUGGCCAAUUCGUAUACACAUUAUGUAACGACCUUCGAAGAAUACAGUGGCCAGAGAUACGAAGCAGCGAGUACUCUAUACGGACCGCAUACUUUAAAUGGCUACAUACAAGAAUUUCGACGCAUAACAUUGGAUCUGCUAAUAAAUAGAGCGUCUGCUUCAACCAAGGCCCCAACCGAUCUCACUCGAAAGCAAAUUACCGUCAUACCUCCAGUUGAACUGGAUACAAUCGGUCUGGGUCGGAAGUUUGGCUCAGUAGCUGUGGACAGCAAAGAUCAGUACAUUCGUGGAAAUGACACCGUGGUUGUGUCUUUUCGAUCUGCCAAUCCUCGAAAUAACCCACGGAUCGAAGGUACUUUUCUUUCCAUCGAUUACUUGGACAAUGAUGGGAACUGGCAAAUGCAAUAUAAUGACGGAGACUGGUGCACAAGGUUUAUCUGGAAAGGCGGUAUAGUGCGACUUGGAUCAUCGUUUGCAGAAAUACAUUGGAAAAUACCAAGCGAUACAAUGCGAGGCAUUUAUCGCGUUUGCCACUAUGGCACGCGGAAAAGCUUGCUAGGCUCUGCUGAGAGCGCUAUAUACUAUGCACCUGAAUGGAUCAUUUCAAAUCUCCUUGGCUCUAUCACUGCCAACAUGAUUUUGCAGAGCGUGAAGCUAGCAAUUGCAGUGUCCGACCAAAUUCAGCGAUUCACUGCAGGUAGUUUGGGCCAUUCACGGUACAAGGAGUUCUAUGGUUGUACCAGAGCUUUUCUUGUGCACGAUCACGCAAACUAAUAAUGAACAUAAUUAGUGAGGUAUUCCACUGAUCCUGUGAAGCCAUCUUCUCUCUAGCUACAAAAAUAGUAGAGAAUACCAGAAAUAAUUGAGAAUAUAUGUUAACAU